UUUCUUGGCAGUGGGGUGUCAUCGUUCAACAGUUUUGUUCAUGACCUAUCGGUGAAUUAUGAUUCUACAUCAGGUUUAGAGUAUUCAUCUGGAGAUGACAUUGAUGAUUAUGAUAAUGCUUACAUAUGUCCUGCUACUCCAAUAACGCCAGCUUUUAGAUUCACUAGAGCACCUAGCUUCAAACUUGAAAGGAAUCGUCGCAGGCAUUGGAUUAUAUCCAUUAUCAUGUUUCUUUUACUACCUGCAAGAAUUAUUUUAGGCAUACCCUUUUAUAUUCUUAAAAAGAUAUUUGAUAGAGGUAUAACCGCACGUACAACAACCCACAAAAGGGUGCGGACUUCUCAAACCAAGAAAGCAUUGGAUCAUGUUGUUCAACGGACUACUGACAGAAGACGGGGUAUUAUAGAGGAUCUUCAUCUAGGUAUAGAGAUAGUUAUAGAGACCAUAUUCGAUAUUAUUCAUCGUGUAGCACGUUGUGUUUUUUCUCCACUGGAUUCUAUAAGGAUGUUAUUAAGGUGGUCUUCUUCUGCGAGUGGUACUAAAAAUAAUCAGAGUGAUGAUUCAACUCCCAUUGUUGCGACCGCUACACUUGCUGAUUCUAAUCCUGCUCCAACAGAGAAAAAAAGUAAUUUAAGUAGUAGACUAAACAUAGAUGCUAGAACAUGUCGAGAUGUCAUCACUGAGCUCGGGUACCCUUAUGAAGCUAUUAAAGUAGUAACAUCAGAUGGAUAUGUUCUUCUUUUGGAAAGAAUUCCAAGACGCGAUUCAAAAAAGGCUGUUUAUCUGCAACAUGGCGUUUUUGAUUCGUCUAUGUGCUGGGUGUCAAAUGGAAUUGUUGGCUCUCCAGCUUUUGCAGCUUAUGAUCACGGAUACGAUGUUUUCCUUGGUAACUUUCGUGGCCGUGUUUCCAGAGAACACGUUAACAAAAACAUUUCUUCGCGACAGUAUUGGCGUUACUCAAUCAAUGAACAUGGAACCCAAGACUUACCAGCAUUAAUCGAAAAGAUAAACCAAGUGAAGACUUUAGAGUUAAAAUCGUCAACCCAAAGUAACACAAACACUGAUGACCAACCUUAUAAACUAUGUGCCAUUUGCCACAGUUUAGGAGGAGCUGCACUUCUUAUGUACAUUGUAACCCGUCGAGUUGAAAAAAUCCCUCACAGGUUAUCAAGAUUAAUCUGUUUAUCCCCUGCCGGAUUUCAUCAUGAUUCACCUUUUUUCUUCACAGUAAUCGAGUACACAUGCCUUUGGUUAGCUCCUUUUUUGGCCCCAAUCGUCCCUGGUUUAUACGUACCCACAAGGUUCUUUAGGAUGUUGAUCAAUAAGUUGGCCCGUGAUCUUCAAAACUAUCCUGCAGUCGGCGGGCUAGUCCAAACUAUUAUGGGUUAUGUGGUUGGUGGUGAUAGUUCAAACUGGAUAGGUGUGAUUGGGCUGCCUCAUUAUAACAUGAAUGAUAUGCCAGGAGUUUCAUUUCGGGUGGCAUGGCAUUUGGCUCAAAUUAAACAUGCAAGAAAAUUUGUGAUGUUUGAUCAUGGGAGUCGUAAAGCAAACAUGCGAGUUUAUGGUACACCAAAGCCGUUAGAUUUAGGGGAACGGUAUAAUCUUAUUGAUAUACCAGUCGAUCUUGUUGCAGGAAUGAAAGAUAAGGUGAUCCUUCCAUCGAUGAUUAGAAAACAUUAUACGUUGAUGAAAGAUGGAGGUGUGAGGGCAUCUUAUAAGGAAUUCGAGUAUGCUCAUUUGGAUUUCACGUUUUCUCAUCAUGAAGAGCUUUUGGAAUACGUUAUGUCACGGUUGCUACUUGUGGAUUCGAAGCAUAGGACGAUGAAUUUGAAGAAGAAAGAUGAAAUCUUAGCAGUAAAGUGA